GACCCGAGGCUGCAAAUGCCACGAAAAGCUCAGUCGGUCGCGGACUGCGCUCCGGUGCACCUCGUACUCGUCCCGUUCUUCCCGCACCGAUAUGCCAAGUCUGUUACGAUCGUUCCCUGUAUCUCGCGCCCCCGUUUCCGUUUAUCAAUUGAAGAUGCGUCGAUGGGGCGGCCAGUGAUCGAAGCUAGAUCGACGAUUGGGCAGCGAUUAACCGGAGAUUAUCAUCUGCGCCGCACGACCAUGCUCGCGAUCCUCUCGUUCACGAUGUUGGCGGUCAUCGCUGUCGCCAAUCCGUUCCUCGACGCUGCGCAAGAGAUGUCCUGCUGUUCCCUGGCCGCCGGAUCUUGUCGCAACGACUGCUCCAAGAUCUCACUGGUAGCGUUGGGGGCAGAAGCAGAGGCAAGGGAGAACGCGACGCAGCGCUUGCUAGAGUUAUGUUCCCUCGAGCUGACAGAAUUCUGGGGUUGCGUGAACUCGACGUUGAAUGAGGUGAAAAGGCACGAGAAUUGGACGGGAAGACGAUGCUGUUACCUGGUGCAGAAUCCGAUAUGUCGAUCCACGUGCGCACUGUCAGGAUCCAGGAGAAAUCUGAACGAAUCUUGUCGACCGAGCGACGAACCCGAGUUUUAUUCCUGUCUGGAAAGGCGGGAGGAAGCUGAACACUGUUGCGGCAAAGUGUCCAACGAUACGUGUAGAACUGUAUGCCAAAAUCUGUUUUACAAGCGCGAGAAAAUCUCAAGUCGGAACGGAUGCUUCCACCAAAUGCCAAAGUGUUUGAAAAGCGUGACCGAAGUGAAACACGCCGAAAAUCCGAAACAACAUUUGCAUUGCUGCAACAAGGCGGACAGUUUACAGUGUAUGGAAACGUGUAAAAAGAUCCUGUACACGGCAACGACCGAUCGAGAGAUCUUGAACGCGUUGACGGAAAAAUGUGGGCCGCCAAUUUCCCCUCAAUCGCCGUUUUGGAGCUGUCUAAUGAAGUCCGGCUCGCCGAAGCCGGUCCGUCUACCUCUAGAUGCGGGCAAAUUGUCAUGCUGUACCAAAGCGAUUAAGCCAAAGUGCCAGGAUCUGUGUUGGAGGGCGUUCAAAGCGGACUGGGAAUCCUCUUGGCAUCCUCUCGACGCCGAAUGCUUGUCCUCGAGCCAGGAAGGAGAACUGAGGCGUUGCCUCGAGGACACGGACGAUCCUUGCGAAAUGGGUUGCGCGGGAUUGUCCUAUUGCACGCGAUUCAACGACAGAUCGACCACGCUGUUUAGGAGUUGUUCGGCCACAACCGACGAGACGGCUAAAUUCGAGGCUCAUCACUGGUCCAGAGGUGGAAUCAUUCGGGGAUUGAGCCUCCCUAUUCGAGUGGCCGCUACUUGCCCACCGGAAACUCUACGGGCUGCCGCGUGUCUGCUGCAACUGAGGCCGUGCGAGACCAAAAGUCACGAGACGAGACUGUGUCGGGAGGAUUGCCUCGAGUUGAUGGCAAGUUGCGUGGACUGGUCGGCUAUCACCGGCCCUCACACGGCGGCCACGUUGUGCGCCAAGCUCUCGCCGGCCAACUCAGACGCGCCAUGCGUGUCUUUGAAACCGUUCCUCGACGAUCCUCAGGACAACGAGUCCGUGACACGCAUGGAGGAGGAUAUCGCGACCCCUUGCAAGAUCAACCCAUGCGCCCAGGGCGAAAUCUGUCAGUUGCUCCAUUACGGCCGACAAGCGUACCGCUGCGUGCCAGCUUGCUUUUUGGGGAAAAUGUCCAAGCAAUUGGUCCCCGUAGGAACGUGGGUGCAAAUUCCGAGUUUCAACCAGGGCUCCCAUCAGAUCUGCCAGUGCACGUCCUACGGUUUGGACAAGUGCAAAACGUUGAAUUACGUGAAAUUCAAUCCUUGCUCGAUACACAAUCAGAUCAUCGCCCACAAGGCCAACUUUUACGUGGAGUGCAAUCCCUGCCACUGUUUCGAGGGCGAGUACACGUGUUCGAAGAGGAAUUGCGGCGAGAUACCCUCGUUGCCCUGCGAUUGCCCGCCCCACUACGUCCCCGUGUGCGGGAAAUUGGGCUUCACUUUCGCGUCCGGCUGCCUCGCCACCUGCGCAAGAAUGUCCGUCAACGACGUGGAAUUCGGCAGUUGCUCGUCCCGCGAUCCUUGCGCCUCGAAUCCGUGCGACACCACGGAGAGGUGCGUGGCAAGGAGCAGGGUAUGCUUGUCCGAGCUUCGCAAACCUUGUCGCCAAUACGAGUGCGUUCCUCUCGACUGUGACCCACGGGACGAAGCUGGCGGCCCGGUAUGCGACAAAGAAAACCGUCAACACCGAUCGGUGUGCGCGAUGAUACGCGCCGGGGCUACGCUGGGAUACAGGGGCCACUGUUUGGAAGGAUGUACCUUGCGCGGUCCUGUCUGCGGCGCUAACGGGGAGGUUUACGCGAACGAGUGCGCAGCUUGGGCAGAGAGGACGGUAGUGGAUUACCUUGGCCCAUGCGUGGCCGUUGGAUUGAUAGGCGAUCAGGCUAAGCCUCGUUGCGGCGAUUUGGUACAGUGUCCACGAUUGAUCGUGCCUUAUUGCGUCGGGGUGACACCGCCUGGCGCUUGUUGUCCGGUCUGCGGCGGGGCAGCUAAGCUGUUUUAUUCGAAAAAACAGUUGGACAGGAUAUACUACGUAAUGAAGGAGGACAUCGAUAAAGACGCGGUUACGCUCGAGGCCCUGUUGUCAGCGUUGGCGCGACAGAUUCAAGUGGCGCAGUGCGUUCUUCGGGGCAUGAUGACACCAGAUCGCGACAUAUUCAUCGUUGUACAACCUACAUCGAAAAGGCCUUCGACUCUGCAAUUACGAGCUUGCGUGACCGAGACUGAAAAACUAGUUACUAGGAUUUUAGAGAGGAGCCCUAAAAUCACGGUGGAAGUACCCUUAAGCGCGCUCAUCAGAGCGGAAAUUGCUCAUAGUUACAUAUCAGCUGCCAUCACCAUUCGAGGAUAUGUCACGCAAAUUUUUCUUGCAAUUUUUCUUACGUUUGCGUUUAAUUUUUGUUAGCGAUCGAAUCAGAAAUGUCGGGGGAUAUCACCGAUCGCGGUUAAAUAGAUGAUAUUAAUAGAUUCACCGCGAUCAGUGAUAAUCCUGAUUUUUUUCUCAAAGCAUUUCUCGAAGUGUGUUGAAGCAUUUUCUUUUACCUAAUGACCUUACCGCUCGCCGGUAUCGUCGAGUUUCAUGACUGUGAUUCUUCUAGUGCCUAACGUAAUAUACGGAAAAGUAGAGUGUAUUUUCGUCUCUUAAUAUUGCCAAAGAAAAAGGGGAGUACGUGGAACGUGUACAAAAGGCGCAUAAAUUACCCAAAUACGAAAACAUUGGUAGUUUGGUAGUAGUUGAAGGGUGAUUAUGUUGCUCGUUGUAAGCUGUAAAUAAA